AUGGUGAUGACCAUUACGGCCAGCCAAAAGAGGCUCGAUUACAGCCUCAAGAUGAUCAAUAUGAGGCUCUGCCUGUGGGGGAAGAAUUUGAUGACGAAGACUGGAUUCGCCUCGCUGCCCUUUUACCUGACCACCCCCUUACCCAGGAAGUUCUUGACCUUCUUGGCCGCCGCGAUAUCGACGUCAAUUACGACUGGACACGGCAUCCACCCCAUGGCCAACGAUGUGGAGGUCCUUGGCCCUCAAUGGCGUAAUACGCUGAAUCCACAACAACGGCUCGUGUACGACACAUUCAUGGGCCACUUCCAGGCGCGAAAUCCCACUCAAAUCCUUCUCCACGUUGAUGGUGGUGGUGGCACCGGCAAGUCGUUCCUUAUCAAGCCCUAUUUGCCGCCCGACGCAGCCGCCCUUCAGUCCCGCCUACGGCACGUCAAAUACCUCGUGAUCGAUGAAAAGAGCAUGCUGGGGAUUGAGCAGCUCGCGCGGAUCGAUUCCCGUCUGCGACAGGCCUUUCCACAGCGUAGCCUCGAGUUCUUUGGUGGUCGCCAGGCUGGUGAUGAUCAGGCUCAGUUCCGUCGGGCGUUGCAGGAACUGCGUGAAGUCAAGUUAUCCAUACCGUCCUGGAACCUCCUUAGCAGUCGGGUACAGUCCAGGCUAACGCAGAGCGAGGUUGACAGCUUCAGGGCCGCUUUGCGGGUGUAUUCUACCAGGGCCCGGGUGGAGGCAAAGAAUCAGGGCAAGGGCGCGGGGCAGGCACCAAGCGACAAUGCUGGCAAUCUAUCUAACAAGUUCCCUGUUGCUAAGGGCGCCAGGGUAAUGCUCACUACUAACCUAUGGCAGCCAGCUGGCCUAGUUAACGGUGCCCAGGAUCCCCCGGCCGUUAUUAUGGUGGACUUUGAUAGCUACGAUGGACCGCCAUAUCUAAUAACUAACGAGGGCAGGAAAAUCUCACCCAUCCUCCCAAGCCUAACGAAGGAGCAAAUAGUUACUGAUCUCGCUACACGCGACUUCCAGGCCGGUAUUAGCUAUGUUGCUGUGUCACGGGUUACGUCGCUGCAAGGCUUACUCCUUGAGGCGCCUUUCGAUCGUCAGAGCCUCUAUAACCACACGCCGACAGAAGGGAUGAAGAUGCGCCUCGCUGACCAACAACGGCGUCAGGGUCAACAGCUGAGCGAUGCACCGUAUCCACCACUCUACCUUGACUAA